CCUCGGCUGCAUCAGAGCGCCACUUCUCCCCAGGUUCACCAGAGGAAACACCACUGCACACAAUGCUUUUCCUCCCAGCUGCUGCUCUGUGCUGUCUGUGUUCAGCACUGCUUACCAUGGCAGCAGAACAGCUGAUUCAGGACGAUUUAACAUUGACCAGGAGAGUUGGAGACAAAGUCUCCUUCAGCUGUGGAGGGAAUGAGAAGUGUGCUGACAGGGAUAUAGACUGGUACCAGAAGAAAGAAACAUUCAGGAUGAUUCUGCGUAUUGAUACAAAUAAUUGUAGUAUUAAUUCAGAUUAUGGUCAUCCUCAGAAAGAUGAUUUUUCAGUUGAGGACAAACAGAAUGGCUGUAAAUUAAAGAUAGAGAAUAUUAAACGUGAUCAUUCAGCCACCUACUACUGCUCCUGUUAUAAAUCUGCUCCCCACAGAUACUACUACCGCAUCUUUGGCUCUGGAACCAAACUGAGUGUAACAGAUGAGCAGGUAGUGAAGCCCGUGGUGAGCGUGUACCCAGCAGCAUCCAGAGCCCACCUGGAGGGGAGCAGCUCCCUGCUGUGUGUGGCCUCAGCCAUGUUUCCUCCUCUGGUCCAGUUCUCCUGGAAAAGACAGAAGAAGAACGGCGGGCUGGAGGAGCUGCCCCCUGCUGAGGGAGAGCAGCUGGAGCUCAGAGAGCCGGGACACAGAGCCUCCAUCUUACUGAUCCCUCAGAACAGCACAUGGAAAUAUAGCUGCUCCGUCAAGCACGAGGGGGGCACAGUGGAGGCCCAAACACAAGAAGAGCUUCCAGCUCCAGCAGCCUCCUGUCCUCCAGAGAGAGAGCCAGCAGACCUGCCAGCUCUGCAGCCAGCUGACUGGUCCUUCCAGUCUCAGUGCAGGGUGAAGCUGCUCUGCCUGCUGUCCACAGUGCUGAUAGUGAAGAGUCUGGUGUACUGCUGUGGACUCUCUCUGCUGAUGAUCCUCAGAAACAAGGGAGCGUCCACCAACUGCACACAUGCUGACUGACUGUUUUCUGCUCGCCUUUUCUCACCAUCAAAUCUCAUCCAUUCAUCUCAUUCAUCACUUUGAUCACCAUUCACACAUCUGAGAUCUUUGUCUUACUCUCAGCUCAUAUCCACAUGUUUGUGUUACUGAGUCUGUAGUGUCGAGU